AUGAUUAUAGGUCCUAGGGGAGUAUCAAGGUCUCUACAUCAAGUUCAGUUGUGUCAUUGUUCCACUAAUGAUAUUUUGCGAGAUUUAGAAAGACUAUAUAAUCAUGAGUUCGAGGAUACAGAUACGUUUCGUAAUGGAUAUUCUGUCGAAGAUAAAAAAGCUCUAGAAAUAGUUAGCAGUUCGUUUAGAUUGGAGGGUGGUCAUUUCCAAGUUGGUCUACCAUGGAAGUAUGAUAAGCCUAGACUACCGAAUAAUUUGGAACUGGCUGAACGCAGAUUAGAAUGCCUAAGGAAGAGGUUUAUGAAAGAUAACAGUCUUUUGGAGAAAUAUCAAGUUGUGAUUAAUAAACAUUUAAGUAAGGGCUACAUCAUUGAAGCUAGUGAAGAGGGAUUUGACUGUGAUGCUGUUUGUUGGUAUAUUCCUCAUCAUCCUGUUAUCAACCCUAAAAAGCCUGGAAAAUUGAGAAUUGUUUUUGAUUGUGCGGCUGUCUAUCAAGGUUGUUCUCUUAAUGACCAGCUUUUGAGAGGACCGAAUACUGUAAAUAGUUUAAUUGGUGUACUCCUACGAUUCAGAUUAGGUAACGUAGCAUUAGCUGCUGAUAUUGAAGAGAUGUUUCUUCAAGUAAAAAUUCCGAGACAAGACAGGGGAGCAUUUCGUCUAUUGUGGUGGGAAGACGGUGAUAUACGACGAAAGGCUAAGGAAUAUUGUUUAACAGUUCAUCCGUUUGGAGCCGUGUCCUCUCCCUUUUGCGCUAAUUUCGCUCUUAAGAAGACGGUAGAUAUAUUUGGUAAGGAAUUCAAUGAAGAUAUCCAGGAUGUCGUAGAUAGGAGUUUCUAUGUCGACGACUAG